AUGAGUAAAUUGAUUGUCGUCGUAGGAGCUACUGGUAAACAAGGAGGGAGUGUCAUUAAGCAUUUGCUUAGUAACACUAAGAGCGGAGAAUGGAAGAUUAGAGGUCUCAGUAGAGAUACAACCUCAUCAAAGGCAAAAGAAUGGGCUCAACAAGGUGUCGAGAUGGUUUCAUGUGAUUUAAGUAACAAGAAUGAUCUUGUUCAAGCUUUUAAUGGAGCUUAUGGAGUUUUUGGUGUAACUACUCCCACUUGGGGAGUGGACAAUAAUCAAGAAUUUGAACACGGAGUCAACAUGAUUGAGGCUGCAGUUCAGAAUAAGGUUCAGCAUUUUGUUUUCAGCUCUUUGGAUGAUGUUGAGAAAGCCACUCAUGGCAAGUAUCAUGUUCCUCAUUUCACUAACAAGAAUCGUGUGGAACAGGAAGCAAGAAAGAGUGCCAUUCCGUUCACUACCUUUGUGUAUCCACCAUUCUAUGCUGAGAAUAUUCCAUUCAUGAUGUUCAAGUUGAAUCAGGACAAGCAGAGCGCAGCCAUCUAUUCGGGAGUGAGCCCAACACGAAAGUUGCCAAUCUUUUCAGUGGAUGAUAUGGGAAUUGUUGUCUCUCAAGUGUUCCAACAUCCAGAGCAGUACAACAAACAUAAUAUUAUCGCAGCUGGAGAUUUUGUGACUUUCCAAGAAAUGGCUGAAAUUUGUUCCAAGGUGUUGAAGGUUCCAACUCAAUAUGUGGCUUUGGAUGAAGAAGUUGUUAGAAAGCAAAUGGGAAAUGAGAUGAAUGACAUGUUCCAUUAUUUUAGUCAGUAUGGCUAUUAUCAAGCAGAGAAUGAGAAGGAAGAAGUUGAAAAAGUUAGAAAGUCAUUCCCCAGCAUGUUGAACUUUGAACAAUUUGUUGAAAAGAACAAACAAUUCUUUUUGAGAUCUUCCCCAUAA